UUAAUAUUACCCUCAGCGUUAGCAACGCACUUAGCAACGGGUAACAUUAAAAAAUAUUACAUGCGUGUAAAUUAUGCGCGUACGGUUCGCCGUAGAAUUCACGUCAUUCCUAAAGAAGUCAGUUAUGCGUUUGAAGUAAUGCGAAUAAAUAAAGAGUUUAUUAAAGCGUGCGCCCGAGUAUGAUUGAUUAAAGAAAACAAACGACAACUUAGACGAACUUUCACGAAGGAAAAUCAUGUUCGCAAAUGUGGAAGAGUCCCAUAUUGCUAAAUUGUUGGACGAGAAAGACUCUGUUAGUACUAAACGUACUAUUAAUAGGUCUGUUAGUCUAUUCCGAACCUUCCUGAUUGAAAAAAGAGGAAGCGGGGAUUUCGAGGGUCUAUCCAAGCAAGAACUCAACGAGAAUCUGCGACUUUUUUAUGUUUCCAUUAGGACAAAAUCAGGAACGAACCUAAAAGUGAGUUCAUUGAACAGCAUAAAAUAUGGUCUUUCUAAAUAUUUAAAAGACAAUUGCAAAAUUGACAUUCAUGGCUCAGAAUUCCACGAAUCAAAAGUAGUUUUCAAGGCAGCCGUGAUGGACAUGAAAAAGAAGGGUUUCGGAUCCGUGGAUCAUAAACCAGCCAUUUCUACAGAGGAUCUAAAUAAACUGUUUAAUUCUGAGACCAUUGUAUUCAAUGUUAACACACCUUGUGGAUUACAAAGCAAAGUCUGGUUUGAUCUUAUGUUCUACCUAUGCAGACGAGGUCGGGAGAACCUUCGGAAAAUGACUAAGGAAACGUUUGGAAUUGAAACUGAUGCAAUUGGAAGAGAAUAUGUGUUCCAGGCAAUUGAUGAAGCUGACAAAAAUCACGGAUCCAAUGCAGCACCCAAUGAAACAAUUGGAGAAGGAAGAAUGUAUGCACAGCCACAAUUAGGAAGCAUGUGCCCCGUGAAUUCAUUUAAAAAGUAUUUGUCAAAACUUCACAAGAAAUUAGAUGCGUUAUGGCAGCGUCCAUUAGAGGCUUUUUCAGAAGAAAGUACUACAUGGUUCUGCAGAUCUCCAUUAGGAAAAAACACUCUAGCUUCCCUUAUGUCUGAAAUUUCCAAGAAAGCCAAGUUGUCUCGCAUAUAUACUAACCAUUCAAUUCGUGCAACAGCUAUAACAGCUAUGGAUGAAGCAGGGAUAGAGGCAAGACACAUUAUGCGUGCUUCGGGACACAAAAAUGAAUCAUCAAUUAGAAGCUAUGCAUGUCGACUUAACGAGCCAAAGAAAAGGCAAAUGUCGGAUUGUCUUAGCUCAGCUUUGGGAACUGUAAAUAAGAAUCCUACGGAAUCCCACAUCGAUCAAGAAAAUUCAAUUUCAAGUCUAACACAAGAGGAUCUUGAUGCAAUUUUUAAUGACACAACAUUUGAUGAAAUCUCGUCCUCAUCAAGCAGUUUUGUUGUACAGCAGCAACAAGCAGUCAAUGUUUUGAAAGCUCAGAGUUCAAACAUGAUGCCACCAUUAGUUUGUCCACGUAUAAAUAACUCCACUGUUAAUUUCAAUUUCUACGCUCAAAAAUGAACUCCAAAAUGAACUGAACUCCAAUUUCAAUAAUUUAUUGUUGAACAAUUUUAAAUCAACUCCAAACUCCAAAAUGAACUGAAUUCCAAUUUCAAUAUUUUAUUGUUGAACAUUUUAAAUCAUUGUUGAACUGUUUAAUUUAUUAUUUACAAAAUAUUCAAAAUAUGAAUUUGUUGAAGUUUAUUGUUGAUCAAUUAUUAAAAGAAAUGAAAAGCAGUAAAGUUUUCUUUAAUAUUAAGACAUUCAGUAUAACAAAAUAAAUAGUG